CCCGACGCAACAGGGAGUUAAUAAAAUGCAGUCUGGUCAGGUCCAGCGUCAAAUCCGCCGCGCACUGGGUCCCGCCUCGUCACUCCCUCCCAAGCCCCCCAACUUCUUUUUGUCAACUUGUUCCGCCUUCUCUCCCAGCCUCGCUCGUAGCUUCGCAGCCCUCCCGGCCAACGACCCUCGCCGGCGAGGCGCACCGCGCGGGAGCCAAAAUGGCCGCGGCGGAGGCCGAGGCUUUCUCCAUACGGGGGUUCGCCGCCAGGAUGCGGGCCGUGGACGCGGCCAAGUGCUGGCCAUUCGGAGGCUCCGAGGACGGGGACUCGGAGACGCCGCAGCUCCCGCCAAUGGACCCGACGCCGCGGUCGCGCUGGUGGGCCGACGAGCUUGCGGCGUUGCGGGCGCUGCCGGGUGUCUGCGCUGCGGGCGGAGACUUCGCCGUGGGUGGUGGCAUGGGAGAUGGUUUGGGGAAGGCGACGAAGAGGAAGGGAUCUCGCGGGAGCGGCGGUGCCGAGAGGGCUAAGAGGCGGCGGAGAGCGCUCCAGUAUAGCCUCUUUCUGAAGCACAAGGAGAGAACCUCUAAACUCCAACCAGCAUCUCGCUUACUUCAACACAUGCUCCAUAAGGGUUUGUUGAGAAAACGAAAAGGCUGUACUAUUCCUACACUAAGAGAACUCGUUAUGAGGAAGAAAUUGCAAGAGCGACAGGAUCAGAUGUCAACCCACAGAAACAGCUUGAAGAAACAGUCCGUGAGAGGAAUGGAUCACGAACGAAGCAUAAAAAUCAGCAGGCCAACUGAUUAUCCUGUAAAUCUUGGCUGUGAAGUAGUGAAGCAUGUUGCAUGCCCACCCAAGGAUGAUAUUUUUGGAGAUCUACCUCUUUUAGAAAGCUCAAAAGUUAUGUUUCAUACUGGAGUUGACAUACUCCCUACUAUUAUAGAAGAUUCUUUUGUAGAAAAUCAAAAUGGGCCAGAUGCCAUAUCAGAAACUGAACCAUUGGAACUAAUGCCUAUUGCUGACAUUUCAAAGCAAACAUCACCCCCCUUUGAAGACUCAGUGAAGAAGGAACAGAGUCCUGACAAAGGGUCAACAUGCAUCUUACUCAAUGAUGCAGGAAGGAAUCAUUCUUCCUCUGCUGAGUUUGAUGGUCUGCUAAAUCAUGCUAGUGUUACCAUGGCGAAAACUUCUCUUCCUGAAAUGCAGCUGAAAUCUACCGAUGUUCCUGCUUUAAGUUCUUAUUGUAACGAGGGAGCAAAAUCUGGUACUAGCAACUGUGCACAUGGUCGUUUCUACACAAACACAGACUGCUUUCAGGAAAUGGAAAGGCCUGGUACCAGUUCGGUGGCCGUGAGAACCAGAACUGAGGCAAUUAAAAAAGAAGAUGCAGCAAUCCAUGGUGUAAACAAUGCAAGUGUCACCAUGGCGAAAACUAGUCUUCCUGAAACGCAGCUGGAAUCUACUCAUGUUCCUGCUUUAAGUUCUUGUUCAGAGGCCGUGAGAACCAGAACUGAGGCAAUUAAAAAAGAAGAUGCAGCAGUCCAUGGUGUAAACAAUGCAAGUGUCGCCAUGGAGAAAACUAGUCUUCCUGAAACGCAGCUGGAAUCUACUCAUGUUCCUGCUUUAAGUUCUUAUUGUAACGAUGGAGCAAAAUCUUGUCCUAGCAACCAUCCGCAGGGUUGUUUCUAUACAAACACAAACUGCUUUCAGGAAAUGAAAAGACCUGGUACCAGUUCAGCGGCCGUGAGAAUCAUAACUGCAGCAGUUACAGAAGAUAGAGAUGCAACUGUCCAUGGUCCAAACAAUACAAGUGUCACCAUGGCGAAAACUUGUCUUCCUGAAAUGCAGCUGAAAUCUACACAUGUUCCUGGUUUAAGUUCUUAUUGUACCGACGGAGCAAAAUCUGGUUCUAGCAACCACAUCCGCAGGAUCGUUUCUACACAAACACAAACUGCUUCCAGGAAAUGGAAAGACCUGCUACUAGUUCAGCGGCCGUGAGAACCAGAACGGAAGCAGUUGCAGAAGAUAGAGAUGCAGCUGGCCAUGGUCUAAACAAUGUAAGUGUCACCAUGGCGAAAACUUGUCUUCCUGAAAUGCAGCUGAAAUCUACUCAUGGUCCUGUUUUAAGUUCUUAUAGUAAGGAUGGAGCAAAAUCUGGUUCUAGCAACCAUCCGCAGGGUCAUUUCUACACAAACACAAGCCUCUUUCAGGAAAUGACAAGACCUGGUACCAGUUCAAUGUCUGUGAGAACCAGAACUGAAGCAAUUGAAAAAGAUAGAGAUGCAGCAGUCCAUGGCAAGAAGAGCACUGGUAUCUCUGGUCGACCCGAAUACCAUCCUUCAGGUGAAGGCAAUCUAUCGUCCUCGAUUAUGUCACAGAGGACUGUCAAUGCAGGAAUAAACGCAGAUGGCA